AGUUCCAUCAGUUUUUUGCUAAUUUUUGCUGUUGAGGUGUAGGGAACUUGAGAAAGGGCUGAUCAAUGGCUAAGGAACAACUGAUGGUGCUCAAUGCCCUUGAUUCAGCCAAAAUACAAUUAUACCAUUUCAAGGCGAUUGUCAUCGCUGGCAUGGGCUUCUUCACCGACGCAUAUGACCUCUUCUGCAUCAACCCCGUGAUGUUGCUCCUCGGUCGCCUGUACUACACCGAACCAAACCCGUUGACAGGCGCUAUGCCUACCAAACCAGGCACUCUGCCUCCCAACGUGAAGUCGGCGGUCGCUGCAGUCGCCUUGUGCGGGACCAUUGCAGGCCAGAUAUUUUUUGGGUUGUUGGGCGACAAGCUGGGCCGGAAAAAGGUCUAUGGCUUGACCCUCAUGCUUAUGGUCUUCUGUUCCAUCGGCUCCGGGCUCUCCUUUGGCCCCUUUGGGCCCUAUGGUGUGGAAGCGGAACCAAAAGCAAAAGCGAAAGCGGUGAUAGCAACCCUUUGCUUCUUCAGGUUCUGGCUUGGAUUCGGCAUUGGUGGGGACUACCCGCUUUCCGCCACCAUCAUGUCAGAGUAUGCGAACAAGAAGACUCGUGGUUCCUUCAUCGCAGCCGUCUUCGCAAUGCAGGGCUUCGGGAUUUUGGCUGGUGGGAUAGUCACUAUAAUUGUCUCCUCGGCCUUCAACGCUGCAAAUCCUGCUCCGACCUAUGAACACGGUGCAAACCAAUCCACCGUCCCCGAAGCCGACUAUGUGUGGCGGAUAAUUUUGAUGUUCGGUGCGAUUCCGGCAGCUCUCACAUAUUACUGGCGGAUGAAAAUGCCCGAAACAGCUCGUUACACCGCUCUAGUCGCCAAGAACGCCAAGCAAGCUGCAGCCGACAUGUGUACUGUUCUCCAAGUUGAUUUGGAAGCAGAGCCGGAGAAAGUCGAGACAAGGGUGCAAGGGAAUGACUUCGGCUUGUUCUCGAAGCAGUUCCUCCAACGCCACGGACUCCACUUGCUCGGCACUACAACCACCUGGUUCCUCUUGGACAUUGUUUUCUACGGCCAGAGCCUUAUCCAACCCCUCAUUUACACGACCGUUAAAUGGCUUCCACCAACAAAACAAAUGAAUGCCAUAGAGGAGGCGUACCAGAAUGGGAAAGCGCAGACCCUGAUUGCUCUCUGCGGCACAGUUCCAGGGUACUGGUUCACGGUGGUGUUCAUCGACAAGGUGGGAAGGUUCGCAAUACAAUUGAUGGGCUUCUUCUUCAUGACAGUGUUCAUGUUUGCUUUGGCCAUCCCAUUUGACCACUGGACCUCGAGUGGCAGUGGACUUGGGUUCGUGAUCAUGUAUUCGCUCAUCUUCUUCUUCGCGAACUUCGGCCCUAACUCCACCACAUUCGUGGUCCCCGCCGAGAUCUUCCCAGCGCGGCUCAGGUCAACAUGUCACGGCAUAUCUGCUGCCGCUGGCAAGAUCGGGUCCGUGUUGGGCACAUUUGUUAUUGUGUAUGCAUCGGCACCGGCACCCAGCGGCAUCGGCACUAAGAAUACCUUGAUGAUUCUCGGCGGAGUCAACUUGCUUGGGGUGCUCUUCACGCUCUUUGUGCCGGAGUCGAAGGGCCGUUCGCUCGAGGAAAUUUCUGGAGAGGAUGAAGAAGAAGACUCUGCCGAGGCGAGGACUGUCAGUAUUUGAGGAGGCCUCAUAGUCUAAAUAUAUGAUCUUACUUAUUAAAUGUAAGCUUCGUUAUAGUCUUGAACCGAAUAAGCUCUAUAAGCUGGCUUUCCAGGCCCCUGAUCAUGUGGACCUUUGUUGAGGACGUUCAUGCCAUCAUCCUUGCAGCUUGAACCACGGUUCAUUGAAGCAGAGGCAGAUGUAUCUCUAUUCUCAUAUAAUUUCAUUUUGACAAUGCAGUCUUAAGUUCUUAGUCUA